AUGGCAAUGAUAAGAGGGAAUCCGAGCGAUUCAUAUAAGGAGUUGCCGAAGUAUUUGCAUAUGUUGGAGCAUACAAAUCCAGGAACGGUUACAAAGUUGCACAAAUCAGAAAAUGGAUGCUUUCUUUACGCAUAUGUUUCGUUAUAUGCAUCUAUCAAGGGUUUGGAGUAUUGCAGACCGAUAAUGGUUGUUGAAGGAAGUUUCCUUAAGUCAACAUAUAAGGGUACCAUAUUGACUGCUUGCACACAUGAUGGAGCUGGUGAGUUGACUGCAUCUACCUUGUUUCUGCAGUGCGGCACAUAUUCUGCUUCUGCGGAGAUUCCCCCAGCUGCCGGCAUCCGCUUCUGCGCCCUUCCUUCCGCAUCUGCGCCUUCGCAGUGCGGACAUUCCCUCGCACCUGCUCUCCCAGACUUUUCUCUCAAUCUCGCACCUAAUGUCAAGCGCACAUUCAAGAAACAUCACAAACAAUUGAAGGAUAUCUUUUUCGCUUUGGCUAGAGCUUACACGAUAGAUAAGUUUUACUACCAUGUGACAGAGAUGUGCAAAAUUGAUCUGAGGGUGCAGCCUUACUUGUUCGAAAUUGGCUACAAAAGGUGGUCUAGGGCAUACUCCAAAGUGAAAAGGUCGAUUGUAAUGACUUCCAAUAUUGCAGAGUCAAUUAAUGCAGCAAACAAAGAUGCUAGAGAGCUACCAAUAAUGCAAUUGCUGGAGUACAUGACAAAUUUUCUACAACAGUGGAACAACGAAAAUAGAACAAAUACAAUGGAGACAUCUACAGAGCUUGGCAAAAAGUACGACAAACUCCUUCGGGAAAAUCUGAUUGCAUCGGAGUAA